AUGAGCAAUGAGGUGGAUAGAGCUGUGCGUGUAAUGGAACAGUUGCCUAGUAGGGUUAGUGAGGAACUUGAGGAGGCGAGAAUAGCCAGUAAGUAUAGAGAAAAGUUAUUCCAUGUUAUUGGAAGGGAAGUUGUGAAAGCAUGUGAAGCGCUGGAAGAACUGAGGAGGAAGACAAACAUCAGGGAAGUCCGCACAGUGCUGGGGGAAGUGCAGCGCAGGCGAGAAGAGCGCCCAGCACAGAAGAGGAGAAAAUGGAAACGGACGUGGCCAAUGUAUGAUUAUGAGAUGGUAACAGAAAAUCCAGAAAACAAGGGAAUCGAGACCAACUGCCACGAGGACUGGAGCACCCUGCGCACCGCUCUGGAGACUGCGUUCGGUACCAUUGGAAGGAGUACAGUAGCGGAUCAAGGUCAGAACUCAGAUUACGAUUAUGGCACUAGUACAGGCCAAUGCAUGUAG